CUUUUCACGAAUAAAUGUACUACAAGUUAUGAUAUAUUCAAGAGUACAACUCUACAAUUUGUUGUGUUGGGCGGUGUGAGAUCCAGUAAUUGAAUACACCUCUGAAAGGUUUUUGAUGUUCUAUAAACUUGUUUGCCGUGUUUUUACCUGCAGUAGAAUUAAAACAAGAUAAUUAGAAGUGAUUAAUAUAUUCUAAAUAUUAAUACCAGGUGAAAUUUGUCCUGGAUUUGGUUUAAUUCAAAUUCAGUUGAAUUCAGACGCAUUUCGAGACAGACGUGACCAAGUCCACUACCGAUUGUACUGUUGGAUUAAAAAUUAAUUUUCGGAUUUUGUGAAUUCUAAUUGUCAAUAUGAAAGGUGAAUACUGGAAUAUAGAUCCUUAUUGUUAUUGUGCUAACUCGGCUUGGGGUAAGGUAGAUGGUAUAAGAGAUAUACCUAUCGGAGGCGCCGCUGUUACUGGUCUAAGUGGUGAUGAUACGGCAGCUUUAGCCGCUGGGUUAAUUGGACUAGCUGCACUCCUACCUCUACUGCUUUGUAUACUCUGCUGCCUCUGUCCAGCAGGAUUGUGUCUCAAACUGUGUCCAUGUCUAGCCGGCUGCUGUGGGAAGAAGUCGGCGGCUGCGGCUGGUGCUGGUGCGGCUGCUGGUGGAGCAGGUGGUGCCAAGUCAGAUAAACUUCGAGAAGUGUAA